CAGGACCAGCUGUUCAGGAGCAUCCCGGACGAGAGCCAGGCACAUUUGAGACUUGGAUCCAACUAAAGACAGCCACAGAUUCUUCUGCAGCAAUGUCGGUGUUGGAAGAAAAUCGGCCAUUUGCUCAACAAUUAUCCAAUGUCUACUUUACAAUACUUUCGCUGUUCUGUUUUAAGCUUUUUGUGAAAAUCAGCCUUGCCAUCCUCAGUCAUUUCUACAUUGUGAAAGGCAACCGCAAGGAAGCGGCAAGGAUAGCAGCUGAAUUUUAUGGAGUAACCCAAGGACAAGGUAUGUGGGUGGAUCGUGAGCCCCUACACCGCAGAGGAAGCCAAUUGCGCCUUCUUGCUCUGAGAACAUUAUUAUCACAGGGUUAUAAUGUAAAUGCAGUAACCUUAGACCAUGUCACCCCAUUGCACGAAGCCUGCCUCGGAGAUCACGUGGCAUGCGCCAGAACUCUGCUGGAAGCAGGAGCUAAUGUAAAUGCAAUCACGAUAGAUGGCGUGACUCCGUUAUUCAACGCAUGCUCCCAAGGCAGUCCAAGCUGUGCAGAGCUGCUUCUGGAGUAUGGCGCCAAAGCCCAGCUGGAGUCCUGUCUUCCAUCCCCCACGCAUGAGGCUGCCAGUAAAGGUCACCAUGAAUGUCUUGACAUCCUGAUAUCCUGGGGCAUAGACGUUGACCAAGACAUUCCUCAUUUGGGAACUCCUCUCUAUGUAGCUUGUAUGUCACAGCAAUUCCAUUGCAUCUGGAAACUUCUUUAUGCUGGUGCUGAUGUACAGAAAGGCAAAUAUUGGGAUACUCCAUUACAUGCUGCUGCCCAACAAUUCAGUACAGAAAUUGUAAACUUACUGCUAGAAUUUGGAGCAGAUACCAAUGCCAAAAAUACAGAGCUUCUGCGACCUAUAGAUGUAGCUACGUCCAGCAGCAUGGUGGAAAGAAUACUGCUUCAACAUGAAGCUACCCCAAGAUCUCUUUACCAACUUUGCCGACUCUGUAUCCGAAGUUACAUAGGAAAACCAAGAUUGCACCUUAUCCCACAGCUCCAGCUGCCAACAUUACUGAAGAAUUUCUUGCAGUAUCGAUAAAACAGUAAAAUAAUUCUAAAUACCUUGAAAAAUCAAAAUUUCUAUUUCUUUUGCUUAAGGAAUAGUUCAUAUUAAAAUAUGCUAAAGAUAGGGUAAAAGUGAGUAUGAGAGCAGCCAGGGAAGCAGUAAAGUAUCAAUUUUCUUUUUAAGUGUACUAGUUAGUACUAUUGUUUUAUCAUUGAUGCUGUCUUUGGAUUAUAGCAUAUUUAUAAUAUCUAUUUUUUGUUAUUUCAACAUACCUUCUUAUUGAUUUAGGAAAAAAAUAAUAAAGUCUCUAUCAUAUGUUUUCUUUCAGAUUGGAAAGAAAUAAAACUCUUAGUAAAGUUAUUCAUAUUAUAUUUAUAAAGGUCUAUAUUCUUCAACUAAUGGGUUAACUUUUUAAUUUUGGCUAUUGUAAUUGGCUAACUUGUUAUUGAUAUUGACAUAAAAUAUGAGUAUGGCUUAGCAAAGAGCAACUCAUAUGCUUUCUGAAACCAAGAUGAUGCUCGUUCAGGAAAUCCACUAUGUUGAAUGUCCACUGGUCAUUAGAAUGACCACUUCAUAAAGAUAAAUUGCCCACUGCCUUGCCCCCAGCAAAGGACUCACAAGUCACUUCUUUUCUCCAUAGUACAUGGACCUGUUACAGAAAAGUAAUAGGAUGAAAGGUCAAUACUGCCCUCUCACCCUGAGAUAUUUAGAACAUUACACACCUUCU